UGAUCAGUGUAACAGCUGACUCAAGAUGGCAGGCAGCAUCCUCACCACCCUCGCUCUUUUCUCCCUGAUUUGUACCUCUCUGGCCAAGGAUCACGUUCCUGUGCUCAUAUGGAACACUCAACAGGCUCAAGGAGGUCUUCCAGCAGUGUCAGCUUUACAAUAUAUUAACUAUGGAACCUUUCAAUCAAAAUAUCUGGAACCUUUCAAGCCAAAGAAUAUUCUCCUCUUUCUGCAAGAUGCGCUGAGUGUUGAAGAUCUCUCAAGCCAUGCCUCUGAAUUGCACCAUUUAAACCACUGGAUGGAAACCAGCCAUUCACUGUACCUGCCCAAUGUUGAGAAUGCUGCUCACCUAGCCCAUGACCUUCCUUCACAUGGAUAUAAUGUGGUGGUUCUGGAGCCUGGUGUUCCAUCUGCUGGAUUAAACCUGAAGCAGCAAGACAAAAAUCUUGUAGUGGUCAAACUACCCUCGACUAUCACUAAUCCCAGCAGGCGAAGAGCCCUGCAAAAAGCUGAUGAGGUGAUGGAGAAUGUCAUCUCUAAGGUUGGAGCUCAGAGAGCAUUCACUGUUAUCUUCACCGGUCUGAAACCAUCUGUGGAGGAUCGCAGUGAGCAAUAUGAGGAAAGGAUCAGAGUUGCUCGUUCGUUGCAGGCUGUUGAAGCCUCUCCAUUAACAAGCUUCCAUAACUCCUCAUGUGUCAAGAUUUAUCUUUACAACAGCACUGUGCUAACACUUAAUGAAGAACAAAUUGUUAUUGAUGAAUCAAAAGCCUCAGGUGGAGAUACUGGGCACUGUCUUAAUGAUGAUGCUAACAUUUUGAUCAAGUACCAAAGUGUGGACUUUCCUUCAAGAAAGUUACAUAAGGUUCAGUUUACGUACCACUUUAGGAAAGCAUUGGGACGGUGGUCACUGACACACAUUGAUGGCCUUUUUGACAAUGAUGUAAUAGGCUUCAUGCCAGAAAAUUCUGACAUCAGUGGCAUCCCAUUGGGCUUGUCAUAUGCCUGCGCACAGACCGUGAAAUUUGGGGCAAACGAGACAGAUCAAAAUGGCACACAUUAUGGGAUGAUUCUGAAUGGUGUUCAGAUGCAACCGUUCUCGUUGAAGCCCAGCUUUGAUGAUGCCUGGGACUGUGUAGGCUUCUUCACUGUAUCUAUCUGGAUGAGUCUUCUAGCAACUCUGCUGAUGGUAAUCAUUCUCUCCAUUGGGAUGUACAUGCUGAGUGACAUCAAGACCAUGGAUCGCUUUGAUGACCCUAAGGGGCAGCCCAUCAUGGUGCCAGUUGCUGACUAAAUACCAGCCUCAUUGUGGUUUCAAAUGCUACUUAUUAAUCAGCUAAAAUGUAUGGAACCAAAAAUCUUUGUUCAAUCAUGAACCCUAUAACUGAAAAUAAUAUUGGAUUUAGUCUGAAAUUAUAGGCUUAAUGUCCUUACAGUAUAAUGAAUCCAUGACUAACCCACAAAUUAGAAUAGCUGAUUUAUUUGCAUAUUCUGGAUUAUUAAUUCUCUAGUGAAGGUUUGAAAUGUACUAUAUCUUGAAUUUGUGGUUUAGUUGUGAAUUCUUCCAGCUAUAGUAUUGUAACUUAUCAUUGCAGUGAAUUAUUGUGACUUAGGUUUCCAUCUGCUAUACAACUGCUUAUAGUAUUUAUAACAUGACUAUCCAUGCAAGUCACUGUUGAAAAAAAAUAUUAAAGAAUAUGUAAUGUAACUGUAGUUCAAUAUUUAUGUAAUGAAAAAGUAGUAUCCUGCUUAUGUAAGGAUGAGUUGUGCAUAAAUGGGAUUUUUUCAAUGUAUAUUUGGGUGUUUUGUCAAUAGUGAAUAUUUGUAACUUGUAUACAUUACCAACCAAAGUUUUGUGACUUUCAUAGCCCUCCCAAAAAUAGUUGUUAAAUGCAAUAUUCUUGAUUUUUACAUUUCAGAUGUAUCAAAGUUAUUGGAAAAAAAAUGGCUCCAAAUUACAGCUGCUGCUGUAGUGAAGACUCAAAAUAAAUGUAACGGAAAACCAGGAGUAAUAUUAAUACAGAAUUAUUAACCCAUAAACGGUCCAAACGUAUAUAUGUUUUUUCAACAUUUGAAAGUAUGUAAAAAAGCUUUGAUCUAUAUUUUUUUUUUUUUUUUUUUUUUUUCAAAUAUAUGUAAAAAUAACGUAGAUCUACUUUUGUAGCACUACACGUGUGAACGUAGAUCUGCUUGGACCGUUUAUGGGUUAUUAAGUGGGAGGGGGGGGGAGCAGUGCUAAACUUGUAUGGGUCAUUCAGCAUCUUUGGGAGGGGAGUUACAGGAGGCAAACAGGUCAGAUCAAGUUCCUUGGAUCGAGAGCUCACUGAAGGAUAGUAUUUCAUAGUUAUUCCUCUCCCCGAUGUUAGUCCCUUGUUUAGUUAAAAUGCCAUUUUAAAAAUGGCAACAUUUGAGGUUAAUGUGUGUAGGUCAAGUUUGUUUGUAAUAUAGAUAUUUGAAUGUCAUGUCUAUUUUGCUCUUAACAUAUCUUGUAAUGUUCUUAGGCCUACAGCACGACCUGUGAGAACCAAGACAGUUCAAGUAAGUUUGCUUCAAGUAGCUGCACAAAGUUUAUGAACAAGGGGAACUAGAAUAGACUAAUUAUAUCCUGGAUUGUAGUUAUUUAACAGAUGUAAUUUUUCUGUGUAUAUUUUUCCCCAAAGAUAGUCAUCUUUAUGCUUGUAUACAAGUGCUAAAUGUUAAUUUUGUAAAUAGUGCAAAGUCAUUCUUAAUGUUGAGCGUUUUUCUGUAAUUAAUAACCAACAUUCCAGAUACUCAAUGAUGUGGUCAUUGUCAGCACCACUUACCUUAUUGUGUAUUAUAUUUAUGUAUGUAUAUGUACAGCUAUAUUUAAAAUAAAAGGUGUUAUGGAGAA